CGGAAAAAAAAUACCUCCUUCUACUARUAAAAAAUAAUGAUGGAGAUCAUGAAGCAAGAGUUGUUGUAACACGCAGCAACAAGAUAACAAAGCAAUGGAUUGCAAUUGGACGUCCGAUUUAAUCCCAAACGCUCGCACUCGUAGCUUGCAACUUUGCGCAGCCCAACGCAACAAGUACAAGGAACAAGCAGAAUGGACCACCGCGAAGCAGCAGAGGAUUUCGCAAUCCCGGUCGAAGCAGAAUCGGCCUCCAGGAAAACCAUCGACAAUCUUCUUUGCCGCGAGAUGAUGAAGCUGUCUGUAGAGCAGCGCAAUGACAUUCACGAAGAGAUCCAUGGAGUCAGAAAUGUUGCAAGGGAAGAAACGCCGGAGCUUCUCGAGCACUCCCUCAAAGAAUUCGGCCGGGCUUUUGACAAGAUCAAGGAAAGGGCCAAUCACGAAGAGAUACAACAACUAACGGACUACGAUUAUUAUCGUGAAUCUCGCUGCCAGUCUGUUUCUUUCGUCAAGCAGUGGGCGGAAGAUUCAAACAGAGGCAGAGACUCAAACGAUCCAACACCAUCCUCUUUGCCAAGCAUUGGAACGAGUGGCGUUGGGGGUAUAGUAACAGUUCCUUCUACUUUUGGGCCGGAAGACAAACCAGGAAUGGAAGCAGGACCACAGGGGCAAAGCACCCUUUUUCAUUUCGCCCGGCCCCAACAACAAAAGCUUCACAGGUUGUACGUCGAAAAGGAAUCCUUCCGGGCCGUCUUUUUGCGCUGCGAGCUUUUUGACGCCAAGAGGGCGGCGGAGCGGUACCUUCACUUCUUAAACACGAUCUGCGAUCUCUUUGGGACAGGGGUCCUGGAACGGCCCCUCGACAUCGACAGGGACCUGACACGGGAGGAGGUUGCCUGGCUCAAGAAGGGACAUCACCAGCUUUUGCCCUUUCGGGACCGGGCCGGGCGGCGCAUCUUUGCCUGCGUGGCGGACCUCGGGUUCGCUCUAGAGUCUACAGUACGGGUAAGCACAUUGCGUUUUUGUUCUGUCCAUUGCAGUAUGGUAUGGUAGAGUGCGCUGGUGCGUACUCACAGCGAAAGCAAAAUACCAAAGGCACUAUGCGAUACAUCUUGCAUUUGUUGUGAGCAAUGUACAAUACCAACACCAACGAUUGGUUUCGUUUCACUCGAUCCGAGUCAAAUCCACUCCAAAUGCAAUUCAUAGCUUGUCACUCUAAGGAAAUUUUCCACCGUAUCUUUUUCCCGUGCUCUUCCCCUACACUGCAUUGUACGUACCGCAAUGUGAUUGCGUUCCGUUCUGUCCCAUCCUCCGUGUCGCAUAGUUGAAGAUCGUGAUGUAUUUGCUGUGCAAGGCUGCCGAGGACAUCGACACGCAGCGGACGGGCAUCAUCAUGGUCAUGUUUCCGGCACCGACCCUGAGCGGAAACCUACAACCCGAGGAAGACGGAGAUCAACACAAAGUCAUCGCACAAUCCAACAUGCUCGMGUGCCAAACCAUUUUGAACUCCAUGCCUACACGCAUCGCAGCCUUCCACAUGUGCUUGCCCGACACCAAGUGGUACCGAAUGUUUCCCUCGCUACUUGUUAUAUACAACCUCGGAUCUUCGUCCAAUCGCAAACGCUUUCUGCUCCACAUCGGGAAGCCGACCGAACUCAAGUAUGUCCUUAACAGCUACGGGAUCCCCACCGAGCACAUCCCGAUUACCGAAACGGGAAAGAUCAAGAACAAGCACAUGACUUCCUGGAUUCGGCUGCGCCAGAUCCUAGACAAGGAUUGCUACCACCAGAGCAAGCACGAUGCAAGAUAUAAUUCUUCGUCGGACAGCUCUGUAUCAUCGGACCUCACGGGCAAGCAAACUAUCGUAGAUUGCCCGGGUUGCAGCGAUGUCCUCUUUCGAUCGGGCAAGGCCGCAAUGGUUCACUGGGGAAAUUUCUUGCUGCGUGACAUGACUGAAACAGUUCUAGACCGGUACAUCGUUGGCACUUUCGCCGAGAAGAAAGAAAUCGUGGUCAAACUCAUCUCCGGCAUCUACUCCAUCGGCGGGAGGUUUCUGAUCUGGGACAAGAACGGGUGGUGGAAAACCACGACCGGCGAGCAAACCUACAAGAAGGUCACAACCUUUGUAAGGAACUAUAAAUCGAGACGGAAAGCGGAGGAAAACCUUCAACGUCACGAUUCGAGCACAUAUGCAUUUGUGGUACGGAACGGGACGAACAAGAGAAAGCGGAAGGAAGUGGCUGUUGCCGAUACCGUCACUCGAGCUGCUCGCCACCUCGAUUUCGGCCGCUUGCAGGAACAAAAGACUGUUGCGAACUGCCUCAAUCCAAUGAAUGCGGGCAAUACCGCGGCGUAGUUGGCUAGCUGGCUAGCAUCCCAAACAAGCCAACUACAUCGUUAGCGCAUAAUACCUCAGAGUAAAUACUAUUUGAUCGU